AUGAUGGAUCUUCAGAUAUCACAAGACGGAUUCUUUCUUGGUCCUAUUUUGGACUCCCCUGCUUCCCGCCUAGAGUUCCCGGGAACACACUGCAACCUGAAUUCAGUGGCUAUCGUAUUUGAAUUGAAUAUUGAUCCAUGGAGGAGGUUUCUUAACACUCAUGCAGUAGGGGAACAAAUGCAGAUCUCUAAGAGCAAAAGGCCAACACGACGGCGUCCGAUUCGAUCACCCACUGCACCAUGGCACCAUGCUGCGCUACUACUGUUACUUUUACCACAACCAGCCUGGGAUUGUGACUGUGACGCGCCACAGGAUCGGACGCUGCUCCGGCGGCGCUCGCCGGCGGAGGCAGAGGGGCCGUGGUACAACCAGGCGGCGCAGGUGCAGCAGCAGACCGCCGGCGCCCGGCCCAGCGCCACCACGCACGCCAGGGCCAGCACCGCCAGCAGCAGGACCAGCGGCGGCCAGCCCGCGCGACGGCCACCGCCGGCCACUCCUCUGCUCGCUGACCCCUCCUCAUCGGCACCAGCGGCCACGGGGAGAGGAGCAGCCGCGCCGGGGCCGGAGCUGUCGCAGGCUCCACCAGCGCAGGGCCGAGCCACUCCGACGCUGACGCCGGCCAUCGCUCCGGCUCCACCGCCGCGCUUCCGGCCGCGGCCGGCGAGCCUGAGCUCCUGCAGCGCGGCGGCGAGCCCCGCGCGCAGCCGCGCACGCUUGGAGUUGGACCCCUUGGCGGUGGCGCCGCCGCUCCUCUUCUUGAUGGAAUCGCUCUUGGAGAAUAACAGCCGCCGCCUUGGCUGCGGCGGCGCCCUCGGGGAGCUGCCGACCCGCCGCAGCGCCCUGCCGCCUCCGCCUCCGCCGCCGAGCAUGGAGGACCGGUGGUGGAGAAGAUGCACGAGCUGACCCUCACCGCACCGAUGAGAUCCCGCGACACGAGCCCCGGAGACUGAGAUGCUGCUCUGCUCUGCUACUCCUGCUACGCUGCUGCUCAAGUGGUCAAAUGGAGC